AAAAGGACAUGCAUUCGCAGUUUUUCAAACAUCGGCCAUCAGCUUCCAACACUGCAAUCGACAGCUAUUCCUCACACUACGAACAUCUUUUUCUUGUCGUUCGCAAUGUCUGUUUUUAAGAUCACACUCAUCGCUCUAGCUACUGUUGCAGUGGUAGUCACGGCUUUUAAUGAGGAUCCAUCCGACGAAAUGAAACUGUCAGAGACGAAACGCAGAAGGUACUACGGCAACAACAACGCUGGCUAUAACAGUUACGGAUCUGGACAAGGUGUCGGACACGGACAAGUGACUGGAUAUGGACAAUCACAGGGCUACGGAUACCCACAAGUACAAUCCUAUGGAUACGGACAAUCUUACGGAUACGGAGGUAAUCCAGGGCAAUCCACCUACGGCACAGGAUAUGCCCAGAGCAGCGGAUACGGCAACCAAUACGGGAACAAUUACCAGACAGGAUACGGCAACACACAACAAUAUGGUUACGCAGGACAAUCUAGCUAUGGAUCAGGUCACAACAGCGGAUACGGCAAUCAAUAUGGAAAUAGCUACCAAAGUGGAUACAGCAAUCAAUACUAUCGCAAUGAUUAUGUUGAUGACUAUAUCCACAGAGGCUUGUAUUAGAUUAAAGUUAAUCGAAACCGUAAAUUAUUUUCGCAGAAAUUCUAAAAGAAAUAAACAGAUACCCCUUUGAAA